AUGCUGAGAGGAGCGCCCCAGUUCGGUGGUUGUUCAUCCACAGCACAGUAUGUACUAUCGAAACAGAGGAAUAACGCUUAUGUUGGUGUUUGUUUCGGAUGGGGUUUAUCUCUCGUCUUUGCCGUCUACGGAGGAUUUCAUAUAUCCGGAAGUCAUCUGAAUCCAGCAGUCUCGCUGUUUUUGCUAACAAUGGGUCGAAUAUCAGUGCUCAGAUUCGUCGUCUACAGCGGCGCACAGAUUUUCGGUGCAUUUGUUGGUGCAAUGAUUACGUAUUUCUUAUAUUUCGACGCACUGAACUUCUACGAUGGUGGCACUCGACAAGUCACAGGACCAUACGCGACGGCCAGUAUCUUUGCCACAUAUCCGCAGAACUACCUAUCAUUGGGUGGUGGUCUUAUUGAUCAGGUGCACUUUCUGGAAAUGCUCCGAAAAAGGCCAAAAAGAAACCAAUGA